AUGCGCCAGGGCUGUCACAUAGAAUUAUUUCCUGGCCUGGNCUGCGCCGCGCUGCCGCCGCCCGCGGCGCUGCGCCGGGCGCCCUGGCUGUGCCGCGAGUGUGAAGUGUCGGUGCCGACCGGCGACCAGCUAUUCGGCUACUCGUUCGCGAAGCACCCUGCGCUGUGGAAGCCGCACGCCACAGAGGAGCAGCGGCGGCGGGCACUGUCGUUGCUGGCGCGCGAGCUGGGCCUCAAGGACACGGCGGGGCUGGCCAACCGCUGCCGGGACUUCGCCAAGCGGUACAAGGAAAUGCUGCGCUCGCUGGCUGAGCAGCACCGCUCUCUUGAGGCCGUGACUCAGCACGCGCCGCCCUGGGUGCGGCACCUCGAGCAGCGCCUGCGCUGGCUGCCCGCCAUCGUGGAGGCGCUCCCUCGGCCGCCGCCGCGCGCGCCCAGGGACGUGCUUCUGGAGCUCGCGCGCGACAUGCGGCGCCCGCACGCCCGCGCCCGCGCCGUCGGCCGCCUCGCCGCCGCCAUCGCCUGCCCCGCCGCCCAGCUGCGCCGCGUGUGGAGCCAGGCAUGCCACGUGGCGCUGCUGAAGCUGACGGCGCUGUCGCGGCUGGGCGACGUGGCGUCGCCGGGCGCGCGGCUGUCGCGCCGCGAGUGGCUGUGCGCCGACGCCACGCUGCUGGCCAGCGACAAGCGGGCCGCCUGGCUGGUGGGCAGCUCGAACCCGGAGCGGCGCGCGCUGGCCGUGCUGCUGCGGCUGGUGCAGCAGUUCUCGCUGGAGGCCACGCAGCCGCGCAGCCUCCGCGCGCGCUGGCUGUCCGCCUACCGCAGCUACAGCGAGUGCGUCGUGCUGCUGCGGCUGGUGCAGCAGUUCUCGCUGGAGGCCACGCAGCCGCGCAGCCUCCGCGCGCGCUGGCUGUCCGCCUACCGCAGCUACAGCGAGUGGGGACUGGUGUCGUCGGCGAUGGUGCUGCAGCGGCGCUGGUGGGAGCUGAAGCUGGAGGCACACGAGCUGGCGCGCGCACAGCAGCCGCUGCCGCCGCUACACGCGCUGCUGCUGCACAGAUACCCGUACGUGGCGACGCGGCGCGUGCCGCCGUGGCGCGACCUGCGCGCGCAAGCGCUCAUCGUCGACGUCACCGAGGAGGACGUGAAGGCUUUCAAGAACUUCGUCGAUCCGCUGCCGGUCGCAGACGACGAUUUAAUACUUCUCGGAGCGAUGCGACUGACCACAGCGAUAGAGGAGCCGCCGCCGCCCGUCAAGCCCGAACCGGUCGCAACGCCCGCCCGACCCAAGCAAACCAACACUAAUGAUAAAACAACGCAGCAAACACAGGACGUUUUCCAAUCACUGGUUCAAAAUAUCAAAGAUGACUUACUAGACAGUCAAAGUUCGAUGACCGACAGUCUCUCAGCGCUAGAAUCGAUAGACCCGCGACUCGCAUCCACCAGUAUCAUAUUCGAAAGCGACUCGGACAUGGAAACAAAAUCGCCAGAAAUGGAUGCAGAAGACGAUUGCCAGAUCAUAGAGAAUACGGUUGAAAUAUGCGAACUGAGCGAUUCCGGCGAUGAGUUAGAUUUAAAAACCGAAGACGAUUGCGUGAAUGAAUCAGAAGUGAAAUGUGAAGAUAAUUCAACGAUAACUAAGACUGAGGAGUUUGAAGAAAGUUCCAAGGACGCUAUGAGUGAUGACCCCAAACUUAAAAUGAUUCCAUGUGUAACACUCGUGAGGUGGGACGGGCGAGCGCAGAGCGUGCGGUCUGAGAGGCCACAAACUUUGAUACAAGAGGACAUUUCAGGGUUAAACGAAGUGGACACAGACAAGGGCAGCGUCCCGGGGUCGGAUGCGCCCCAGGACAGGCUGACGCGGCCCUGGGGGUACAAGGGACCCCUGCAGGGAAGGGUCGAGGACCUCAGGUGGCUGUGCACGCCUGUAUCUAUCUAUGUAGAGAAGCUGCCCAAAGAAGUUUUGAACAACGUGGACGCCGAAGACGAGGUCGCGGACGCUCCGGACGGCUGUGACGGCCCGGACGCGUUGGACGGCCCGGACGGCUCGGACGCUGGGGACAGCCCGGCGCGGCCCGUGCAGCUGCCCGACCUGGAGCAGGUGCGGCGCCGCCACCAGCGCCAGCUCGUCGCGCAAGUGGCGCCGCUGCAGCACGACGCCGAAGCCAAGACGCCAUCGCGGACCAGCGAACGGACGGACUCCUUAGAGUCUUCGAUCGGAAGCAACAAAUCGAAUUCGCCGUUGCUGGAAGAUUUCGGCUUAUUCACGCAGCUGCCUAAAGAAGAAGAUUCCGACGACCUACUCUCCGAGGAACAGCUCCAUAUGAUAUUGAAUCAAUCUCAGCCGUCGUCGCCCGAGCGCAUCUCGUACUGCUGCCUGGCGCGCCGCGACCGCGCCUACAACGAGGCGCGCCACCGCCACCGCCUCAUCGCCACCACCACCCGCCUGCUCCAAGAGAAGGACAUUCACGACGCCAAGCACGGCGGGCCGCCGUACGGCUGCGGCUGCUGCUGCCUGCACCUGCUGGCGCUGGCCCCGCCGCGCCUGGCGCAGCGCCAGCACGAGCUGCUCAAGAGCGUCGAAGCGCUGCUACGUCCGAAGGAUAAUCCACCAGAAAAAGCCCAUUCGAGCAACAGUGAACAAUCAAGAAGGCCGCGUGGAUCGCGCAGUUCCACCGAAGAUGAGCGCCUCGUGAUAGACAUCGCGGAGGUUGAAAAACAAACGCCUGUCAGUAGAAAACGAAGCAAAUCUGUCGCCGAGUCCAAAAAGAAGAGGCCAAAGUCAAAAGCAGGGAAACGGAGAAAAAAGAGUAAAAAGACAAACAAAAAAGAUAUCAACUUGGAACAAAAUACAAAAGAUAUCGAAGCGGAGCAACAACAAAACAAAAACGAUGACAAGGAAAUUGAAGCGGAACAACAGAACAAAGAAAAGCAACAAAAGAAUAACGAUUACAAGGAGUGGAUGAGGCAGAAGAAUUCGCACAGGAGGUUCUUCGAGCUGCGCGGGAGCGGCAAGGACAAAAGCAAGAAGAGAGCGGCCGACCACACCUACGCCCUCGACGAGGCUAAAAAAAAAGCCGGAGACGAGUCCAAUGCGCUUCACAACAGCGACAAUGCAACCGCCAACGCAGCCGCCAACGCAACCGCCAACGCAACCGCCAACGCAGCCGCCAUCGCAACCGCCAACGCAGCCGCCAGCGCAGCGCCGGCUGAAGAGUCUCAAAGCGUUUCUAGUCAGGAACCAACUCCAAUCGCGGCAGUCGAGUCAGUGCCUCCGAUAAUAACGCACGUGGCCAGCCAAGCGCCGGCUCCGAACCAGAUCGUGGUGGUGGGCUCGACGCUGCUGGUGCCGCCGCUCGUGCCGCUCCCCGACACCGGCAGCAGCUACUACAUGAUCUACCAGGAGCCCAGCACCAGCGCCGUCCGCUCGGCCCCGACCAUGGCCAUCGUACCUGUGGCUAUCGACCUGCAGACGCCGCAGGCGCAGCCCGCCGACCCGACCCCUGAAAUCACUGAGCCUCGAGCGAAGACCGAAGGGCAGACGAUCUUCCGCGAGGACUUCAGGCAGCAAAUGGUGAAGAAUCUGUCUCUGCUGUGUGGAGGGGGGGUCACGGAAGUCGUCAAAGACGAUGAGGAGACGCUUCCGAAACCCGACGAGGAACCGUCGACGAGUGAACGAGCGCGGUCGCCGAGGAUCUUCGACGAGCUGCCGUCGUCGUCGAAGAGCACCGACGAGUUCCGCAGAAUAGCGCCGGCGCUAUUCAACAUGGCCGCCGUCAGCCACGCGGCCGACGCGGCGCCCAGCACGCCCGUCGAUGACGACGACGACGACUGCGUCAUCACCUCCGCGCCGCCCAAGAAGAUCAUCAUCCGGACGAAGAAAAUACCGGCGGCGCGCGUGCAGUUCCUGAUGCCGGGCGCGCUGGCCCGGGAGCCGGCGCGCCACGUGUCCACCUUCGCGCGCGGCGCCGCCUUCGCGCUGCUGCGGCUCGACCGGCGCCGGCCGCUGUGGGCGCCCGCCGGCCGGCUCGUGCUGACGGACGCCGCCGUCGCCUGCCACCACAUCCGGUACUACGUGAUCAACUGCAAGACGUACAACCGGCCGGUGCCGGUCCACUUCGAGAAGGCGCGCAUCAAAGUGCGCGAUUUCGCGCGCGCUCCGGACGCGCCGGCCCCGGACGCGUCCGAGCCGGACACGGCGGCGCCGGACGCGUCCGCAGCGGACACGUCUGCGCCGAACAAGGACACUUCGGUCUACGCGGAGGACGUGCUGGCCGACUCGAAACUUUACAAGAAGCUGUCGUGCGACCUGCCGGUGUACGCGUCGGUGCUGACGGCGCUGACGGACGCGGCGUCGGGCAUGCUGCUGCUGGAGGCAGGGCUGGCGCUGCGCCUGUACAGCCCCACCACCGACACGGUGACAACCCUGGAGGCGAGGGAGCGCGCCAUCCGCUGCCCGCACCCCGCGCUCGCGCAACUUCUGGUCAACAGUUUCAACGAGCUCUCCCCCAAUCCUGCCUGGACAGUGGACCCAAGUGUUGUAAUGUAAAUGUUCAGUUUUUAUUCUUUACACCAUUACCAAUAGUGGUGAUCAUCAUUGAUAUUAUGACGAGACAAUUGACAAAAAUGAAAUGUUUCGUUACAUUGACUUGAAAUAAAGAUGACGAAUGUCUUAUUGUUUAACAAACGCUCAAGGUAUUAUUAAUAAAUAAGUUUAUGACGCAGUUUUUUGUACAGCAGAGAAAUAUUUGUAAGCAUAAAAUGGAUGAUUCGUGUAUCUUUGUCGCCAUUUUAACGUGUUGUGUGUAGUCUUCAGUUUCUUAUUCUUUUGCAUACAUUGUAGGUAUGAGUUAAGUAUUUGCAACGGUUUCACAUAAAUUUAAAUUCUUAUAGAAAGAGAAUAAGAAAAUAACAUACAUGUAUAAGUUAAAAGUAAAUGAUCUGCGCUAGGCUAAAAAUCAUAGAUCAUUGUCAAAGUACUGACUCGAAUUAAUCUGUGUAUAAUACCGAUUUGUUAAGUUUAUGUUAUAGUUUUAAGUUAGUAAUUUAAGAAUUAAUUUCGGAAGGACUUAAAUGCGGAUAUUAAAGAGAUAAAACAUGGAAUUUACGAUAAAAUCUUACAGGAUGAGUUUUAUGUUUGAUUCCAAUUCCUAUUUUUUUGAGUUGUGACAUUUUUUAAGCGAUGUGCGAAAUUUGUUUUUUGUUAUUUAGAUACGUCCCUUUUUUAAUUGCAUAUUCCAUGAUGACUGUACCCACGUGUUUUGUUUCUAUUUCAGUGAUCAAAAUCAAAGAUUAAGUGUAGUUUAUGAUUAUGUACCUACCCACCAAAAUAUGUGAAUGCUUGAAAAGUGUAUGGAAUGUAUUGUGUAAAUGUAUUAUAAAAUAAAAAUUAUAAAGACUCAA